AGCUGGGUUCUGUGGUGCAGUCUGUGACCCCUGAAGUUCUACGCGUGAACGAAACGGAGUUUAGUGCUGUGUACAGGUUGUGACACAAUGGUUGCGAUCGAGGUGAUCUACAAGACUGUACUGGCGUUGACGCUGGUGCGUGGAGUUGCGCUAGCGGAAGAUACGACCGAUCCAUCGCUUCGUUCGUUUGUUUCAGCGGCGAUCGGUUCCAACCGGAUCGGGUUUGCACCCAGUUUUAGCGCCAAGCGGGACGUUCGCUUCUACCUGUACACGCCCCUCACGGAGAUUGAGUCGCACGUGUUUUCAAUUGAAAAUGCCGGUUCGUUGUCACGCACGUUCUACAACACCAGUCUGCCCCUGCGCAUCAUCAUUCAUGGCUGGAUGAACAACGUAACUUCGUUGGCGAUCCGUGGCAUCAAGGAUGCCUACCUGGAACGGGGAGACUACAACGUCAUCGGUGUCGACUGGAACAAGGGAGCCGCGGAACCGUACCUCCGGGCCUCCCAGUACACCCUGGCCGUCGGCUACGUGGUAGCCGAUCUCAUCAACCGAAUUGUACGCUCCAACAUGACAAAGAUGGACGAAAUCUUCCUAAUCGGGCACAGCUUAGGGGCACACAUAGCCGGAAACGCCGGCCACCUCGUCACAGUUGGUCGGGUCAAAACGAUUUUCGGCCUGGAUCCCGCCUCGAUCAACUUCUUCGAAGACGAACCCGACACCCGGCUGAGCGCGAACGAUGCCGAGUACGUGGAAGUGAUCCACACCAACACACAAUUCUCCGGCUAUCCGCACCCAAUCGGACAGGUCGACCUGUACGUGAACUAUGGCAAGAAGCAACCCGGUUGUCUGACCGAAUCGUGCAGCCACGGCAGGUCGAUCGAGUUCUUCAUGGAAUCGCUAGCGAAGGACUGCAAGGGCUUUUGGGGCGCCCGGUGUGACGACUACAACGAGCUGAAGACGAAAACGUGCUACAACCUGAAGCAGCAAGCCCUAAUGGGGGGAGAUCCCCCGAGGUACGAGAACGAGAAAGGCAUCUACGUGGUGGUGACGUCGGUGGAUCCCCCGUAUGCGCUGGGUUAUAACUAUUAGAGAGUGGAGAUUGUGCGAUUGAUAAGGGACCUGUGUUAUGGAAAUAAAUCUAUA